UUCUGUAACAGCAGCUGAUCGACAGCUUGUCCAGUGAUAGAGUGAAAGGGAGUAAAUCUGGUAAGAGUUCGUACGUCCUAGGCACAGGAACAUGGCUGUAGAAGGACGAUGGAGGCUCGUGAGUCUGAAUAAUAUGGAGGAAUUUCUCCUCAAAAUAGGCGUGUCAAAAGAUUUCCGAAAUAACAUCCUUAGUGACACCGAAGUCGCUCACUUCAUAUCCAAAGAUGGCAACAAAUGGACCAUCAAAGAAGUGUCUAAAUUUGGGACACGUUCAACUUCAACAUUUCAACUUGGAAAGGAAUUCGAAGAAACGACAGUUGAUGGUCGUCAAAUUCACAUUGUCUAUUCGAUUGAAGGUGACAACUUAAAGAUGAGCCAAAGAGGCGAUUUUGACUGCACAACUAUCAGAGAACCAAUAGAUGGAAACACAUUAAGAGCGACUCACACGUGUGGUGAUGCUAUUGGUGUAAUGAACUUCACAAAAAUCCCGGAUGGGGAGUCAUAUGGCGAAUGGCCACCAUCUUUAGAGGACCUUCUUACUUCAAACAAACUUGACGACAUCACCUGGGCUGGAACGCCAAAACAGACACAAGAUGUUUAUGACAUCAUGACAAAAGAUAAAGACAAUUACAAGGACGACGCCAAUUUCCUUUGGAGAUAUGCUUGUUUCAUUCAUUCGGUAGCUCUAGUUCAUUUAGUAGAAGGGAACAAGUCGAAGCACAAGUCUACUUUGGACGAGGCUAACGCAGUAAUGCAAAGGGCGUUUGAACUUAAACCAGAAGACGCCAGGGUAAACAAAUGGUGUGCCACAAUUCUAUCUGCUCUAUCGGAAACCAUGGGAAUGAAGGAAAAAAUAGAAAAGAGUUUCGUCAUUAAGGAACGAAUUGACAAGGCUAUUUCACUGAAUCCUGAUGACCCAGUGGCGUAUUAUCUGAGGGGACGAUGGUGCCUUGAGGUGGCGUCCCUUAGCUGGAUAGAAAGGAAACUUGCAGCGACAUUUUUCGCGACACCACCAACAGCAACUGUACCUGAAGGAGUUGAAGACCUCCUCAAAGCUAAUGAAAUAUGGCCAGAAUGGAAGGAAAAUUCAUUCUACUUAGCAAAGGCAAUGAUUGACCAGAAAAAGGUUGACAAAGCUAUUGAGAUUCUACAGAGGGCCAUACCAUGUCCAAUCGUAUCACAAGACGACAAGAUAUUUCAACCACAACUACAGCAGCUACUAUCAAAACAUAAGAAAUAA